CCACGCCUCCACCUACCCCUGCCGCCCCCACGAGAGACUAUCCGCCGUUGUUGAGGACUGCUGUAACUUUGCAAUGGGAUGAGGUCACAGGAGCUGACGGGUAUCGUGUUUAUGCUCAGCGUGGUGAUUACGGAGAGGUCAGCCUAGUCUAUGACGGCAUGGGCCUUGGCGAUCAAUUGAGCUACACACACAUCAGUUUGGAGGCCGGCGUCUCCUAUACGUAUUGGCUCACCGCCUUAUCAGCAGCUUCCGAGAGUACCCGGUCUUCGCCGCUAGAGACUGUUGCUGCUGAGCUUAGUGGUCCACCGACUGAGGUCGUGUCGACCGGACCGAAGGAGUUGAGAUGGAAAUAUCCCCGGGAUGAGGGAGGAACAUCUGUGAAGGCAUUCCAGGUCCUUGUGAGUUCUUAUGAUACAUCACUGAGUGAGGCGACGGUCAACUGGACUGCUGCACAGAACGAUUGGGUCUUCGACCAACCACCGUGGGAGACUACCUUCAUGAAGUCACACGAGUUGUGA